GAGGCGGAGGAGGUGGAGGAAAAGGAGAAGGAGUGCACUGGCCGGGAUCGGCGCGGCGCACACACUCACUCACACUCGGUCACUCUCUCCGAGCGCGUCUCGCUCGCUCUCACACACGCCGGGAGCCGAAGGAGCGCGCAGGAUCCCGAGCGCCCCGGAAAAGUUGCUCCGGCUUUCUCUGCGAGACUUCUUGCUUGGGGAAGUGCAUUUGCUCCGCGGCUCCGCCGAGCCUGCAGAAUACUGUCCUCGCGGUUUGGGACCUCGGGAACGCCGGCCGCCACCGCCUUUGCCUCUGGGACUGUCGGCAGCCUCGACAACAAUAGCGGCGGCCGCCUCUAGCGAGGCGCCGCGAGCCGGUGCCCGCGAGGGUCCCGGGACCCGAGUCGGCCUCCGCACCCCCCGACACGCAGCUAGAGUGGUUCCCGCGUGCAACGUGAGCGCCCGGGAGUGGCUCCUGCUUUGCCCCCCGUGGGGGCCGAGCCGAGCCCUGUCUGUAAACUCCAUCCCGCGGGCUGGAAUAAGUCGCGGCGCCAAGCGCCAGGCGCCUUCCUGCGAGGAUCCGGGGACGUACAAAGCCGGGGCCGUCCCGGCCUGGGACGGGAUGCGGGUCGGUCCCGUGCGCUCUGCCAUGAGCGGCGCCUCGCAGCCCCGCGGCCCGGCCUUGCUACUCCCGGCAGCCCGGGGCACCCCGGCCAAACGCCUGCUGGACGCGGACGAUGCGGCGGCCGUGGCGGCCAAAUGCCCGCGCCUCUCUGAGUGCUCAAGUCCCCCGGACUACCUCAGCCCCCCCGGCUCUCCCUGCAGUCCGCAGCCUCCUCCCGCCGCGCCGGGUGCCGGCAGCGGCUCCGGGAGCGCGCCGGUGCCUAGCCGGAUCGCCGACUACCUGCUGCUGCCUCUGGCCGAGCGCGAGCAUGUGUCCCGGGCGCUGUGCAUCCACACCGGCCGCGAGCUGCGCUGCAAGGUGUUUCCCAUUAAACACUACCAGGACAAAAUCAGGCCUUACAUCCAGCUGCCAUCACACAGGAACAUCACCGGCAUUGUGGAAGUGAUCCUUGGGGAAACCAAGGCCUACGUCUUCUUUGAGAAGGACUUUGGGGACAUGCACUCCUACGUGCGAAGCCAUAAGAGGCUGCGAGAAGAGGAGGCUGCCCGGCUUUUCAAGCAGAUUGUCUCCGCUGUUGCCCACUGCCACCAGUCAGCCAUUGUGCUGGGGGACCUGAAGCUUAGGAAAUUUGUCUUCUCUACGGAGGAGAGAACCCAGCUCAGACUGGAAAGUCUAGAAGAUACACACAUAAUCAAAGGGGAAGAUGAUGCUCUGUCAGACAAACACGGCUGCCCAGCUUACGUGAGCCCUGAGAUUCUGAACACCACUGGAACCUACUCUGGGAAGGCAGCAGACGUUUGGAGCCUAGGGGUGAUGCUCUACACCCUUUUGGUGGGACGGUACCCCUUCCAUGACUCAGACCCUAGUGCCCUUUUCUCCAAAAUCCGACGUGGACAGUUCUGCAUUCCCGACCACAUUUCCCCCAAAGCCAGAUGUCUCAUUCGCAGCCUCCUGAGACGGGAGCCUUCUGAGAGACUCACUGCUCCUGAGAUAUUGCUCCAUCCCUGGUUUGAGUCUGUCUUGGAACCUGGGUACGUAGACGCAGAAAUAGGAACUUCCGACCAGAUUGUUCCAGAGUACCAGGAGGACAGUGACAUUAGUUCCUUCUUCUGCUAAUCCCAAAACCUCAGAAACCUCAUAAUUCUCACACAUGGCAUUUCCAUUUCUAAAGAUGGACAGUCCUCUCAGCACGGUGCCAACCACAUAUGUGAUGGUGUAAAGAUUGUAGCUGCUGAACUCAGCGUGGCGUCCCGCAUAUUUGUUGUGAUGAAUGACUUGAUUUCAGCAGCAUACACUCUGAUUGGCGGCCGUGCACAGUUGUUUCCUUUCUUAACGAACCCUUGCCAGCGAUCCUUUUAUGUGAUUCGGGGCUUCUGCGUCUUUGUAGCUGGCAGAGAGUAUGGAUGCCCUACAGCAUGUGGCCAAGUGAAAUGACCUUGAACAUUCUGAAGGGAGAGGAAGUGAAUCGCACAGUGGCCUUUGGGGCAAUAACCAUAAUUUAACAGGGUGACAAAUAAUGUGGGCCAAUAAACCUGCCAUCUUCAAAUUUGUCAUUGGUAGCUAGACUCCUGCUACUCCAGCUUCUCUGAUUAGAAAGUUCUUUUUUUUGGUUUGGUUUGGGUUAACACCCCCCCCUUUCCUCACACUCACAUUUACCAAUGACUCUGCUCCAGAAAUGGAGCAGACUGAGGAGCAUAGGAGCCUGCGUGAACCAAGAACCCAGACUCUCCACCGUUUCCUGCCAAGACCUCAUUUGCACAAAUGCCUUCCUUCUGACCUUGAAACAUCCCCCACUUCACUGUAAAAGCACUUACUAGCUAACCAUGGAAAAGCGUCACAAAAGACUCAAACUCUGGCUAUUUCGGAACUCUGAGCUCAGACAGAGACUGCAGAUUUUUAAAGAUAAUUUGAACACUUGGAAACUACUAGCGUUUUUUGAUUCCCCUCAAACAUGUUAACAUUUAUUCUUCCCUUUUUCCCAAGACCUUCUCAGGGUGGAGCAUUUUGUCUAGAAGGAGGAAGAUAAGGAGACUUUCCUCUCUCCUCUCCCAAGAGCAAAUGUUAAACCUCUUUGUACUUCAGAGAAAGUGGAUUUUGGAUAGUCUUAGACGAUUCUCAGACCAACUUUCAGAAGUAUACUUUAACCCUUCGUGGAUGUGGUCUGCCUCUGGCAUUGUGUGUGCAUCUGCAGUUUUGCAUGGUGGGUUGUUAAUAAUUCAGUUUGGUGUGGUUUAUGAAUCCAUCUGUAUAAUCAGCAUCUGGAAUGGAAUAGCAAGCCCCAGAACUUCACAGUCCAAAGGGACUUGAAAAGUCAUCUGGUCCAACUUUUUUCUUCUUUCUGCCACCUCCCAAAGCAGAAAUCCCCCCUUCAGUUUCUUUCACAGCUGGCAGUCCAGCCUCUGAAUGCUUUCAGAGUUGGGAACUCACUACCUCCAACAGGUAGAGCAUAACAAAGAAACUGUAACUUGCAUUAAAAAACGAGUACAGACGAAAUAUCAGUCAGUGUCUCGGACAGUACUGAAAUCAGGUGGUUAAACGGGUAAACCAAACAUACUGUAUUUUGAGAAAAGGCACAAAACAGGCAGUCAUCUUUAAGGGCUACGCCUAGGCAAACUACUAACAUGCAUUGUGAGAAUGCUGUGUAUACCUCAUGUACUGUGUACUUUGUACAUAUAUUUUACCUUUUAUACAUAUGUCUGAUAUUUUUUGUUGUUUUGGCUUUGAGGCUGGUUUUGUUGUCUGUGUCCGUCUGAAUAACCUGCGUGUCUAAAACCACGUGAAAUGUGAAUGAUUAUUGGCAAUAUUACCUUGACAGAAUCAUGGGACUUGGAGAAGAGGGGGAACAGAGGCCUCUGUCUCACUAAUGCUCUCGUGGUUGCUGGACUGUUGUAUCUGUGAUACAUUACCCGGCUAAGGACUCUGGGCUGGCUGGGGCUUCUGCCGGGAAAGCUCGAAACACUAGAUCCUUCCUGUACAUGUGUAUAUAUGUGAACUGUGAGACGACCAUUUCUGACUUGUAGAGAAAUUUUAAUAAAUCUGGUUUCAUAAAUAGG